AUGGGACUUGUCGAUGUCUUCACGACGGGCGCAAGCCUGGCCUUAGCUGUGUCUGUCUUCCCUCACACGGCGGCAGGUGCAUGCGUCAACGUCACACGGCCUACGAGUGUCGUCCUUCCCCAGGGCACGUUCAAUGGCUUCCGUGAUGACUCCCAUAACUCGGUCUUCCUGGGUAUCCCUUUUGCGGCCACUACGGGCGGGGAGAACCGAUGGCGAGCGCCUCAAGCUGUUCCCGAGUCCACAGCAACCUUUGACGCGACGGCUUACGGCCCAACAUGCCCUCAGGCCAUCUCAGGCACUUCCUUCACCCAGCAGGGCGAGGAUUGUCUGAACCUCAAUAUCUGGUCUCCCCCGAACGGAAAGGACCUGCCCGUCUUUGUGUACAUGUACGGCGGUGCUAUGGUCACCGGCUCCAGCAGCAACCCUCAGUUGCAGGGAAGCAACUUUGCGCGGAAUGGCGUCGUCUAUGUCAACUUCAACACCCGCGAGAGCAUCUUUGCCUCCCCCCACUCUGCGGAGUUGAAGGAUUCCAAUCCUGAUGAGUCCCAGAACUUUAGCAUCCUGGACGUCGAGAAGGCUCUUGAUUGGAUCCACGAGAACAUUCAGGCAUUCGGAGGAAACCCCAAUCACAUCGUAUUUGGCGGUCACUCUUCAGGCGGUGUCCAAGUUGACCAUUAUCUCUGGAACCAUCCCGACACUUGGCUUAAGGGUGCCGUGCAGAUGAGCGCCAAUGCCGUCUCCGGUCCCGGUUACGCGCCGGUCAAUGAGGCUCUAAAUGCCGUCGCCGCCGAAGUCGGGUGCCCCGCUGGUGGCGAGGGUCAAUUGGACUGCCUCCGCAAGGUCGAUCUGUACGCCUUCCAGACUGCCAACUUCAACUCGACCUUCAACACCUGGUUCACCCCUGUCGUUGACGACAUAACGCGUCACUCCGACUACGCUGCACGCUUUGCCGCCGGCAAGUAUGCCUCUCACGUGCCUCUCUUGACCGGCACCUCGAACGGUGAGGGUACUAUCUUCAGCAUCGUAUACGGCGGCGAGAACACUAACUUUAGCUCCUGGAUCAACACCUUUGACGCAGACAGUGCGCACAUUGAGGAUUCUGUCUUGAUCGAGGCCUACAACGCCUCUGACUACGAGACCGAAUCCCUUCGCAGCGGCGCUCAGUACGGCGAUGCCCGCUUCAACUGCGCGGUAGACUACCUGCAGGACAUCCGUAGUGCGGCGCAGGAUACCUGGGUCUACCGUUUCUUCGGCGCCUAUGACAACGUCGUCGGACCCCCCAACACUGCGCCCACUCACGGCACUGAAGUUCCCUUCUUCCACGGUGGUAAUGAGUGCUUUGAGGCUCUUUCGGGAGUCACUGAGGAGCAGCAGGCCUUGGCCGACUCUAUUCACAAGUGGUUCGUUGAGUGGAUCAAGAACCCUGCUGCCGGACCCGGGUGGGACAAGGUUGCACCCGAGUCGGGCCCGCUCGUAAAGCUGGGUGUUCCCGGUGAUGAGCUGUCGUUGAUCAAGGGCUCUACGAACGAGUUCAACGCUCGAUGCCAGUCGGUGUACAAGCCCGCCUUCCCCAAGUACCCCGUCAUCCAGUCGGUUGCGGAUCUGGUCAAGAAGCUGUUGCAAUAG